AUGGAAGGAGAAUUAUUUAUAUCUGUUGAGGCAAUCUCAAUCAAAAAGCCAAAAUAUUGCUCCUUUAAUAAAAUGGAAAAUUUUAUGAAAUAUUUGUAUUUAUCUAAUAAUAAUGAAUCUCUAAAAAUAGAAUUAAAAAAUAAUCCAAAUGAAUUAUUUAUAAAUAUUCAAAGCAAUUCUGCACAUUUGAUUAAAGAUAUAUUUAAUUAUCUUUUGAUAUUAUAGCUCUCCCCCUUCAAAUUCGAAUCAAAAAAUUUUCCUAUUUAUUUUUCUUUUUUAAUGAAAAUUUUGUUAAAUUUCUCUAUAUAGAAAAUUAUUAAACAUUAAAAUGCAAAUUAACACAAUAUUUUUUAUUUUAAUUUAUUUUAUGAAGAAUUAAUUCAAAAAAUUAAUCGAUUCAGUGUGAAAGUUUAAUUAAUAUUCUACUUGCACUUUAUCCAUUAAUUAGGUCAAAACAAAAUUUAUAACCAUUUGGAUUCUACCUUAAAAUUUUCUUAUUCAAAAAUGUAAUUCCAUUAAAUGGGGGUUAAAAAUAAUGAAAAGCGGAAAUUUUUACUAAAUUUUGUUCGCAUUUAAAGGGGAGAGUAA